UAUACUUCAACACUCAGCACAAUGUAUUUCUGGUGUGUUUUUGCUGCAUAUUUCGUCAUGGUGAAAGGAGUGCAAGUGAACUUGGAACCAUUGAACGGUACAAUAAUUGUUCUUCACGUUUAUGGCAAAGGGGUCCUGAGGCCUAACAUCACUUGCAAGUUUUCUGAAUAUGAAAACAAAAGAGACACAAAAGAUUUCACAUCAAUGGAUUGCAAUAUGAAGCAGAAAUGUUUUGUUCAAUUGCUAUAUGAUCAGCCUGUAGGGUGGAUUUUAUGUGACGUGCACUAUCCAGAUAGUAAAAACGUUUCGGAAAUUCUCAAAGCAAUGGAUCGUCUAUAUUAUGUUGCCAAAUUCUCACCUUUAUUUGAUUUUGCGAAAUUUCAUUCAGAACAUUUUACUGCAAAGCAAGUCGCAAAUGAUAUGAAUAUUGUUCAUUUCACAUCCAAGUUUUUAAAGGAAAAAUCAAAAAUCACUGUGUCUGAGUAUAAAAAGUAUUUAAAUUAUCUCAAGCAGGACCUCGGCCGAAUGGAAAACUUUAACAAGAAAAGCAUUGCUUGGAUAAGAAAUGUAAAAUUUUGUCAAGUUGCUGAUAAUGUUCCACUUCAAUGGAAUGAGACACAUCAGAACGGUUACAAAAUAGCUAAAUGUGUUGGUUAUUAUUUCACUGGUUAUUUUAUUGAGACUUUAUAUGGCGUUCAGAACUAUUCACAAACUAUCACAAAUAUAACGGAUCCAGAAACGUUGACCAAGGAAAUCAAGAACAUUGAUUAUUUGACUACUGACGUCGACGUGAAGAAAUGGACGCCAUCGGAGAGGAAAGAACUCUUGGACAAUUUGGAUUUGACAAUCGCCAAUUUAGACAUAAAAAACAGUACCUAUGAAGUUGUGGCCAAGAAUAUUGCAAUAGGGAUAGUAAAUAUAGCUGAGAGCAAAGCACUUGGAUUAUUCCUUGAGAGAGGGUCACAAAACCAAGGAUUGUCUCUUAUCCAGAAUGAAACAUCUGAAGCGAAUAUUUUCACUCCAAAAUUAAGCCUUGGAUUAAAACUACCUGGAGAGUUACUAGAAGAUCAGUCACUCAAGCUGAAUGCUAUUUUGAUAGAGGACUCGCAAGUGCUGUUUCAACCCAACUUUAUAUCAAGCGUCAUUAGUGUCACCGUUGGAAAUUCGACGCAAAAGAUAAUCGAUGUGAAAAACUUAUCACAGCCGAUCAUUCUGUGGUUCAAUAGAAGCAAAAACUUUCCAGAACCUGGGCAAUGUGUUUAUUGGGAUUACGAGGCAAACGAAGGAAACGGAAACUGGUCUAAUGAGGGGUGUCACCACAACAUAUCCUACACUGUCAGCGAUGGAUUCAUAGAUGAGUGUAUUUGCUACCACCUAACGCACUUUGGCAGCCUGCUUUUGAUGGGCCAUGAAGAUGUCAAUUCAGAAUCGAAACCGUUCGAAGUACUCAGCAUCGUUGGCUGCAGCAUCUCUUUGCUGGGACUAAGCGGCGUUUUUGUCACUGCUGCCGGCUCUCCACAGUGGCGGAAGGGUGCAGGUCAAAAGAUUCUGCUGCAAAUGGCCAUCAGUUUGGCCUUUUUGAUGGUCAUGUUCCUCUUAUCCUUGGCUGCUGAUGUCCAAAAAGAAAACAGAGUCGGUUGCAUCUUCAUGGGUUUUUUCUUGCACUACGCGAUUCUGGUGAAUUUCUUCUGGAUGCUGGUGGCCGGCUAUCUGCAGUACAAGCGCUUGGUUCAGGUUAUUGCCCACCGCGUGCCGAAACUUUUUUCAAAGUCUUCGAUGGUCGCGUGGGGCUGCCCCUUGGUGCCUGGCCUACUGAUCGUCAUUUCCACCCAUUGGGAUGAGUAUCACGGCCCGCCACUCUGUCUGCCUCAAGAUGUCACUUUCUUCGUCACGAUUCUCGCUCCUGUAGUCACCAUAAUGUUGGUUAACUUGGUUAUCUUUUGUCUUAUCUUGAAAAACAUAUUCAUGGGCACAAACGACAGUCCACGGAAGCAUGAGAGCAGCACAACCAAAAAUAUACAAGUGUGCAAACUUUUGUUCUUCCUAUUCGUCUUGUUAGGUCUGAGUUGGAUUUUCGCCCUAUGUCAGUAUAUAGAAGCGCUGCAGGAAGUUUUUACUGUACUUUUUAAUUUGACAGUUACAUUCCAAGGAGUGACUUACUUUAUAUACAUGGUUGCCUUAAACAAAAAAGCAAGAGCAUUCUGGCUGGCCACGUUUAAAAACAACCGCGACCUUUUGGCAUCAGUCUCGUUUAUUAACUCUAAUAAUUCAGAACAAACUGUUUCUGUUGCUAGCAGCAAACUGCGAAUCACCAUACAGAGUGAUGACAGUGAGCAAAAAUAAAUGAAAUUGUAUUAUUCAUGAAAGCGACUCUGUACAUAAAUUAGGUUUUUUAAAAAUAUUACUUUUAAGUUAUAAUUUAACAUUGUACUUACUUAUUAACAAUAGUGGUUGUGAACAGCCACAAUCUUUUGAAGCUAAUGGUUUCCGUUUUCCUCUUGCU